UCUCAUUCCUCAGACAUGUUCCAAGGAGGAGCGAAGCACGAACACUUCUGAACCGACCUCCACAGAAUGCAACGCAGAACACCUUACCUCUAAUCAGGGCUUUUAUUGUUGUUUUUUUUACGCACACGAAAAGGUUUUACUUUCUCCUCCUCACUUCUUUUAACUUGAGGGUGAAACUUUUACGCGCAGCGCGGGCGGAGAGAAGUCCUCAUUGGGAGUUUGUUGGAGGCUGAAAAACGCAGGAACCAUGGAUCUUGUGGUGCUGGUGGCGUUCAGCUCCUGCUUGGCUCCUGCUCUCGGAUCAGCGUUUGGCAGGGAAAUGUCAGCCUCGGCAGCAGUUGGCGACAUAGAUUACGACAGCGCUUUUAAUUACGAUUAUGAAUCUCUGAGAAUCGGCGGCCUGGUUUUCGCAGUGGUCCUGUUCCUCCUGGGUAUCGGCCUCAUUGUCAGCCGGAAAUGUACCUGUUCGAAAGGAGAAAGGUCACGAUCCAAGAGUCCUGAUGCGGAAUCGGGCCUUCCAAGAGCUUAGACACAGAGGCGAGGAGCUGUGGAGAUCUGUGUGUGAUGGAAAUCUGAAUAUACAAGAGGCUGGAAACAACAAAGUUAUCAACAUGUAUUUAAUAAGGGGCUUUCUGCAGAAAGGAUCAACACACCAAGAGUCCUAAGGAUCUGUGAGUGAGGAUGCAGAACAGUCAAAAACACAGGUCUUAUAUAGGAGGACUGAAGGCUGUGUCUCUGAACCAAUCCAGACAGGUUCCAUGGUGGGGGAAGGAGAGGAAUCUAAACAUUAGCAGCUGAUUCACAUGUGUUUCCUUAGGUGAUAAGAAGAUAUACACUAUUUCCUUUGAUGGGUAAUUAAGUCACAAAUGGCCUCACCGUAUUUCAACACUAACAGUUCCGACCAUAAAACAGCUCAAGUUAUCAAAGUCUCUUGUUAAGGCUUCAAAUGCUUACUAUCUAAAUACAAAAUAGUUUGUCAACCGUGCUUAGUUAAUUUUUCUACUACAAGUGUUACUCACUAGUGCCAGUAGGUGGCAGCAAACACCACAACCACAGCUGAAGACAAUCUUUCCAUGAUUGCAUGAAGCUUUUAUUUUUUUUCAAUUUCACUAUUAUGCUUCUAUUUUUCCCAUUUACAUGUUUUGUAUCAGUAGAUUGUAUUUGAUUAUGUACCCACUUCAUUUUAUGUUGGCAAUAGAGUGAUUUUCAUCUGUAUGUUUGUGUGUUUUCCAAACUGAAGCAAUAAUAAUAAAGCAAAUGUUUGAAAAGG